AUGGACGUCGACGGUGACCAUGGCGACAUCGUGGAUGACGGUAUGGACUUUGACGACGUUGAACCGGCUGAUGUCAUCGACGGCGAUGAGAUCAUGACCGAUGAUGAUGGCGAAGAUUAUGAUGAAUACGAAAUGGAGACAGAGGUAGAAGAACCUAUCGAAGAUUCAUCACAGGUGUUUCCUCUCCCUAACGUUGUCGAGGGAAACCUACAAGUCAAACAAGUAGCCGAUGAGUCGGACGCCACGAUGUCUCCCGAGAAGGCCCCUGUCAUUGAAACAUCGCAACCUCCCCCUCUCACCCUUCCAUCUAAACUUGAAAAGAACUUGUUACAGCCUCGAGAUGAACGGUUGGACGAUUUAGGUCAUCCUUUGUCGACCUCUGACGUGGUCGAACAACCCUCCCCUACAGUGCCCCAACUCCUUCCCACCCUUGCAUUACCAGCUUCUCAAUCACAACCGUACCCUGACCCUACGACAGAGACUCUAACUUUAGAGGAUCAAGUGAUGGCACCGCGACCUAAGACUUCACUUCCUCUCGACUCGCUCGACCUUCCCGCUGUCGCCGAUAUCCGAAGGCAGCCUCCUGACUCCCCAGUCCUUGCUCAGAGUGGUGCCACUCAGGAAAACGCUGAGAGUGUCGGAGGCUAUGAGGAUGAGGAUGGGCCCGGAGAAGAGGAUGCUGAGUACCCACUUGAUGUCCAGAACCUCCCUCCCAUCAUAUUGCACCUCCCAGAUCUUGGCGCUCGAGUUCUGUUCUCGCCGUUAGCCGAUCAAGAAGUGGCGGGAGGCUUAACACUACCUGUAUGGCUCAAGAAUCGUCAGGAAGAUCUCGGCACUGCCACCCUUGACCAAGUCUGGAAAGCUAUUAGAGAAGAAAUGGAGAAGGAAGGGUUGACGAAACCUGGAGUAAUGGUAAUCGCAGAAAAACAGAUGGACCUAGUUAUGUAUGAGGAUGACAAGCAUCUGAAUCAAGUGACCUUACUGGUCUUAUUGCAACUGCAUCGGGAUUGCGAUCUUCCAACGCCUGUGCAGUUCUUCGUGUCAUUUGACGCCAAGCGUUUCUAUUCACGGCUCACGGCUAUUCAGCAAGCCCUCAACGGUCAGCAAGUCUCGGAGAAGGCAACCCAGCAGCCAGCUAGUAAGAGUGAUCAACCAUCAGAUUCGAUUCCCCCUAAACGGGCUCCGACAUUAGAUGCAGAAGAACCAGAUGAGUAUGAUGGAGAGUAUACGGAUGAAGAGGCUCCCGAAGAAUCCGUCCGCAAGAGAAGGAUGGAUGAUGUCAUAACCCCAGAUCCUGGGGUUCCACGAGAAAGAAAUGAUACUGAAGCUCGAGCGAGGUACGGUGAUUCCCGAGCGGAUCAUGCACCCGUCCCUAGAUAUGUAUCUUAUCCUACGCCAGACUCGGCGAUAGUUGGGACGGGCACCAUCACCGAGUUCAGGCGUCGCCUAAGUGAGGACACUCCUGCUGUCUCUCUCACAGAUGUACGUACGAGUGAUUUCAAGCUCCCAACGGAGUUUCAGGUUCCUUCUCCACGGUACCCUUCGUCGCCUCGGUGGGCACGGACAGAGGUGGAAGAACUGCCUCUGUCAGGUGACAACGUCGAAGAUGUCCAUACCCCUCGUGGCGAUCCUCGUGAUGAGCCUAUCCCGGAAGAUGACGCUGAAAAUGACCAGCCUGACGAAGAGUUCGGCGAAAGAGCCGUACUUCAGGAGGACGACUCGUCUGACCUCGACCUCACAACGGAUUCCAAGGACCUUCACGAUAAGAAUCAGGAUCUGGAUUGGUCCGAAAUGACCCCCUUCACUGUCGAGAACUACCAGGACCCCGUCGAUCAGAUCCAGCCUGCCGGACAAAAUUUCGAUGGAUUGUCUGAAGAAGCGCCACCUACUCCUGUGGCGGCAAAUGACCGCAGAGAGCGACAGCCCGAUGAUCCUGUCCCUCAGAAUGUGGAAGAGGUGGAACAGACGAUUCUUACUUUAGAUCCGCUCGAUGAUCUUUCUGAGGAGAUACCUACCCCUGUGGCCGCCAAAAAGUACGACCGAGACCAACGACAAGAUCCCGCUCCUCGCGAUGAAGGUGAAUCUGAUCCCACUCUAUCCUCCUUCGGUAUCUCGGAUGAUUUUUCAGAUGAAGCUCGAUAUCCUCCAGCAAGUCCGAACAAAGAGAGGCAGCCCAUUGUCAUACCUGCAUACGUGGAGGAAGCGGUACAGGCCGGUUCGCCGGAGGUGAGUGAAGACUUGGCCGCUGAGCCGGUUGUACCUCCGAUCGAGAGACGGAAGGACGAGGAGGAAGGCGAUAGAGGGGAGGGCGCAGAUGGACAAGAGAGCGGAAGAGACGUGCAAGAAAACGAAGGGCACUUACAAGAAGACGAGGUAAGGGGAUUACAAGAAGACGAGGUAAGGGAGUUACAAGCAGACGAGGUAAGGGGAUUACAAGAAAACGAGGUAAGGGAGUUACAAGACGAUGAGGGGUAUGCAGAGGAAGAAGUAGAGGCAGAAGAGGCAGAAGCAGAAGAGGCAGAGGCAGAAGAGGCAGAGGCAGAAGAGGCAGAGGCAGAAGAGGCAGAGGCAGAAGAGGCAGAGGCAGAAGAGGCAGAGGCAGAAGCAAAAGCUCAGCCACAGCUGAACCGUGAAAAAGACGAGGUACAGGUUGGUAAGGCAGAUGGGCAAGAAUACUACGAGGACGAUGAAGGAUAUGAAGACGAGGAAGAGGAAGAGGCUGGCGGGGAACGAGAUGGAGAAAGAUAUCAAGAAAAUAUUGAGUACACCCCGCCGCCAUCAGAUGGAGGCGAGUACGAGGAGGCUAGAGAAUUGACCCCCGGCAAUCUCCCCACUGGUUUACAAACUCCUGUCACACCACCGGAAAGUCUUGACCUUACCCCGAAGCCGACUGCUGCGGCAGAGGCCGUGGACAGGACUCCUCCUCCUUUACUAGAACAACAGACGCAAACACCCCUUGAAGAGUCGUCCAUCGAAUCCGGAGAGCAGCGGUUGAGCGCAGUGGAAGAAGUCGAUGAAGGGGAUCUGGGGGAGCAGGAUGAUGAGGAGGGUGAAGCAGAUGGUUCUGAUGAAGUAAGAAGAAAUUCCUCGGAAGACGCUGUAUAUGAAGGCGAGGAGGAGUUUGAAGGUAAUGAGGAUGAAGCUUUCGACCCUGUUUUGGACGAUGUUACUUCUACCACCUCUUCCGCAACUCUCGAUCCACCUUUCGGGAGCACAUCUUUGACUGGUGGCUCUGAUCCCGUCGAGACGGAUGAAUGGCAACCUUACGAGCUGCGCACCGCAUCUGAUAUAGAUCGGUUGUCCCACGUGUAUGUGCCUCCACCUUCCGAUAAGCAAUUGGGAACGCCGCUUUUUGCCCAACUCAACAAACGGCCUCCAUCACCAGAAACUGCCAGUCUUAAUGGGGGAAGUAAACGGUCCAGAUCGGACAGAACACCAUCCCAAUAACUUUCAUGAUCCUAUCAACAUCUCCCACCUGCGACCUUUUAGCUUGCCUUUAUAUCAAGAAUUGGGGGACUGGAUGUCACUCUCUCGUUUAUCGUCAUCCUCGGCCUGGCAGAUUUCGUCAGCCCACACAUGAAGCUCUUCACCGUCUUUCACAAUUCCGAAACAUCUUGUCAACAUCCUCAACACCCUCUACGUUCAUCUCAUCUCCGCCGCCCCGUCACAUUUGUCAAAUCUUCAUGUCCCAUGAACCUCUCGACGACCUUCACUUGGGUCUUUUCGUAUCUCUCUUUGACUUUUCUGUCACCUCAUCGUCCUUCAUGUAACACUUCAUGGCCUAUCUCCCUCCGGUAAUCCCGUCAUUUUUCCGUUUCUCCAAAUUCAACGUCUCUUUCCGUCUCAAGAGCUGUAGCAUUUCCCUUAAUCGCGUUGUGUAUGCGAACAAAGACUAACCCCUCGGGCCUUAAGCUCAACUCGUCAAGAUCAAGAUGUGAACAUGAAAUCAGGUACGUCUUUCCUCUACUAACCUAUGUUUCCCUCCUUUACUUCUCGUUCUCGUGCAACGUUUAUAGGUUUGGUAAACAACAUGCAUAUUUCCCUGUGGAC